AUGGGAAGUUAUGUUUCCUAUCAACACAUUUCUCCAUCACAUCAAGCAUAUAUAGCCAACAUUUCCACUAAUGUGGAACCAUCCACAUAUGAAGAAGCUAUAACAGACUCUAGAUGGGUUCAUGCUAUGAAUCAAGAGCUACAUGUUUUGAAGGAUAAUGGGACUUGGAAUUUGAUUCCUUUGCCUCAUAGUCAGUCAGUUAUUGGGUGCAAAUGGGUUUGUAAAAUCAAGUACAAGUCUGAUGGUACUGUGGAGAGGUAUAACGCAAGGCUUGUAGCUAAGGGCUACAAUCAGACUGUUGAGAUUGAUUAUCAAGAAACCUUUUCACUAGUUGUGAAAAUGGUGACAAUUAGAAUGGUUAUUGCAUUAGAUGUUGCUGAGAGCUGGCCCUUAUUUCAAAUGAAUGUCUAUAAUGCCUUCUUGCAGGGAGACUUAUUGGAGGAUGUCUUUAUAGAGAUUCCUAAAGGUUUGAAAGUUCAGGGGGAGACACCUAUGAGAAAGUAUGCUCUAGAACUAUUAGUUGAAGCUGGCUUGACAAGAGGAAAAGUAGCUUUAACUCCUUUGGAGUGCAACAUGAAGUUGACUGUAGCUGAGCAAGUUGAUGGUAAAGCAACUAAACUGGUUGAUCUAGUUGAAGAUGUACAACAAUAUCAGAGGAUGAUUGGGAAAUUACUUUACUUGACAAUCUCUAGGACUGAUAUUGCCUACACAGUGCAUACAUUGAGCCAAUUUAUGUAG